CUGCAGCAGCUUUCCCUCUCUGGACUUUCACUCACCUGCAUUCCUCGCACACUCUUCCCGUACUGAAACUUUUAACACAUCCGAAGACUCGAGCUUUUUAUUGUAGAAGCAUGUUUCCAUCUGCUCUGAAUGUCAUCACCUUGCUGUGCUUCUGUUCACUUCAACCUGCUUCAGGACAGGACUGCCCCAACAGGCAGGACUUACAAGGUUCUCUGAAGCAGGUCCAGAAGCUUUUAUCAGCCCAUGAAGCCACGUGCAUGCAGAGUCUUCGCAGCCUGAGGAAGAAAAUUAAUCUACUGCAGAGCAGCGCAGGGAGGCAGACAACAAAAAGCUUAAACAGUACCUGCCCAAAACUGGAUGCUCCAAUCAACGGAAGAAAACUGGGCAAAUCAAACAGCAUGGGCCACGAGCUUCACUUCCUGUGUGACCCUGGUUAUGAACUUGUGGGGUCGGAGAGCAGAGUGUGUCAGGAGAACCUGGUCUGGAGUGGCCAGCAGCCCACAUGUAGAGACGUCAAUGAGUGUGCAUCGUCUCCCUGCAUGAAUGGAGGGACGUGUGUGGAUGAGGUCAACCAGUUUUCUUGCGUCUGUGCCAAAGGUUGGGCUGGAGCUACCUGUCAGAGCCCUGUUCCCACAUUCUUUAUCACCACGACAAACACUUCUGCUGCCUCUGCUGCUACCGUUUUACCAGCUGCCACCAGCGGGCCGCAUGUUCGUCCAUCACGCUGCGCCACCGUGCAGGGGACCACCCACUGCACCUGUGAGCCAGGAUACACCAUCUCUGGCAGAGACAGCUACACCUGCAUGGAUAUAGAUGAAUGUGAGCUCUUUCAUAAUGGAGCGGCGGGAAGAUUGUGCUUACAUAAGUGUAUUAACACACCUGGAGGAUAUCGCUGUUCCUGUCCUGCUGGGUACGAGCUUACACCCGAUGGACGCAGCUGUAAAGAUAUCGAUGAGUGUGCCAACAGACAAAACAACUGCACGAGGGACCAGAUGUGUGUGAACACCUACGGAGGUUUCCAGUGUGUUUGUGUCGACUGCCCCAAAAUCCCUCAUGCUACAUACGUGAAGACGUCCCCUAUGCGGUGUGAACGUAACCCCUGCCCUGUGGACAAUAAAGCAUGUUCCCAAACCCCAAACUCCUUCUCCUACCAUUACCUGGCUGUUGUGUCCAACCUGUCGGCCCCCCGCGUCAUGUUCAGAGUCUCGGCACUGCGUCCAAUGGGCGACACGCUUCGCUUCACCUUGCUGGGAGGGAGGCCAGCCCGCCGCCACUUCACUGUUCAGCGCUCAGACCGUCAGACGGGUCAGCUGAUGCUGGUGAGCCCCGUGCAAGGCCCCGCAGCUUUGGAGGCCGAGGUGGAGAUGAGCGAGCUGGAGAGACGAGUCCAGAUCGGACGGUACAUCACCAGAAUCACCAUGUUUGUCUCCCAGUACGACUUCUGAACGGUACAAAUUAACAAACGCAAACUGCACAAGAAGAAGAGCAAAGCAGUGAAACGGAACACAACAGACUGUACUAAUCACCAAAUCUCUACGGAUUAUUUUUAUAAAUUCUUUCAAUGCCAUGCAGUCACGAGCAUCUUCAUGACCUUGUUGUCUGGUUUCACUGCCUGUGCUGUGAACGUUGAUGUUCUUU